GAGCAGAGGAGUGAUCUGCGUGUGUGUGAUGACUCCACGUGUCAGUAUGGAGGGCUGUGCCAAGAAGAUGGAGGUCAGAUGAAGUGUGUGUGUCAGUUUCAGUGUCCCAGUAGCUUUGUGCCAGUGUGUGGCUCCAACGGGGACAGCUACCAGAGCGAGUGCUACCUCCGGCAGGCAGCGUGUGCACAGCAGACAGGCAUCACUCUGGUGGCCCAGGGACCCUGCUAUGCUGAUGACGGAUCUGGAUCAGGAGAUGACGAGAGUGAGUCCUCUGGUGUAGACCCCAUCAGGAGGUCCAGCAAGUGCAGCGCGUGCCAAUACGGAGCCGACUGUGAUGAGGACUCAGAAGACGUGUGCGUAUGCAACAUCGACUGCAGCGGGCACAAUGAGAACGAGGUGUGUGGCAGUGACGGGCGCUCCUACGCCAACCCCUGCCUGCUGCGGGAGGCCUCCUGCAUGAAACAGGAGCAGAUCGACAUCAGGCACCUGGGCACCUGCAAAGCAUGUGAGAUGAGGAACAACUCCGCAACUUGCAGGAUGAUGUACGUGGUGCCUGAUGGCCAGAGGCUGCUCUACGUCCUCAUCGCCGCCAUCCUCGCCGCCACACAGAUCACCAUCAUCAUUGCCGUCAUCAUAUGCAUGGCAUGGUAA